CCCAACUUCAUAAGCCCAACCCAGAAAAACCCUAAACCCAAGUAGAGGCUGUCGGACGCUCGCCGUGACGUGGUGGUGGCGGCGGCUCUGGUUUAUUUAUUUGUUUCAGCGGAGCAUUGCCUGGUCGGAUAUUAAGUGGAAACGGAGUGGUCUUGACGGGAGGAAACAAGAAAUAGAAAACAAAGAAUGGAAAGUAAAUUAGCAAAUGCAUGGAGAUUGACGGUGAACGAGAAGAAGUUCAUUGAAACUGCUUUGCUUUCUGAACUCAGAAUCGAUGGUCGUGGCCUCUAUGAUUACCGUAAACUCACCAUCAAGUUUGGCAGAGAAUAUGGAUCAUCGGAAGUGCAGCUUGGCCAUACUCACGUUAUGGGAUUUGUGACCGCUCAGCUAGUGCAACCUUAUAAAGAUAGACCCAAUGAUGGGGCACUUUCAGUCUUCACUGAGUUUUCUCCGAUGGCUGAUCCAUCUUUUGAACCAGGUCGUCCUGGCGAGUUUGCUGUGGAGUUGGGGCGUGUAAUAGAUCGUGGUUUAAGGGAAAGUCGGGCUGUGGAUAUGGAAUCACUUUGUGUUCUAGCUGGGAAGUUGGUAUGGGCUAUCCGUAUAGAUCUUCACAUUCUUGACAAUGGGGGAAACCUUGUUGAUGCUGCUAAUAUUGCCGCCUUAGCUGCCCUCUUGACAUUUCGGAGGCCUGAAUGCACGCUAGGAGGUGAAGAUGGACAAGAAGUGACAGUACACCCACCUGAGGUAAGGGAGCCAAUUCCUCUGAUAAUACAUCAUCUUCCUAUAGCUUUCACUUUCGGAUUCUUCAAUAAUGGAAACAUCUUGGUAAUGGAUCCAACCUACAAUGAAGAGGCUGUUAUGUGUGCAAAAAUGACUCUUAUCGUUAAUGCAAAUGGUGAUAUUUGUGCCAUUCAAAAAGCUGGAGGAGAAGGUAUCCUACAAAGUGUAAUCAUCCAUUGUUUACGACUUGCCACUGCAAGGGCUGCUGCCACAACGAAGAUGAUUAAGGAUGCAGUAGAAGGAUACAACAGGGAGAAAGCUUUACAGAAGAUCAGGAGGCAUCCUACUUCUCUCGUGUCUUCUGAGUCUGCCUCGAGUGCAGCUGCAAAAAAGAAUCAGGGCCAAUCUGUUGAUCAGGAGGAGGAUAAUGAGGUGUCAAGGAAGCGUGUGGAAAGAUUAAAGCUGAUUUCUGAGGAAAGUCGUGCCACUCAAAGCAAUGACAGUGAAAGUGGAAAUAGUAGGGAAUCUAGAAGUGCAAAGAAUUUCAUUGGGGGACCCUCAAGUUGGGACCCUUACUCAAAGGGCGUUGAUACAGAUUUCCUUAAAGCUUCUCUAGGAUCACGGGGAAUCUCAAACCCCAGUAGAAUACAAAAGGAUUUGGGAAGCCAGGAAAAACAUAGUGAAUCCGAGACACAAGAGAUGCAUGAAGAUGUCAAGCCAGCUCCUCCAGUUAUCAAUGAACCUCAAACUGGCCUACAUACAAAUGGGGGGAAAACUUUAAAGGAUGCUGUGAAACCUAAAAACAAGAGAAAGAAGAGGGCAUCAUCUGCAUCUGGUGCGAGUUAAAUGAUAUCCUAUUCAGUUGUCUUCUUUGGCUAAAUCAGGUUCGAUCUCAUGUUUGGCAAUCAGGAGGGAUUGUGUUUCCAUUUUAUGUGGGAAAUUCUUGCAGUAGAAAAUAGUGAAGGUAGGACUUAACCUCCCACAAAUGUGGCAUCGAAUUUCAGCCGCUCAACUGAAGUGGUCAGCCCCUACCAAUAUGAUGGAUGUUGUCCUUGGCAGCUGUGUAUUUUGCCAUUUGCUUUGUAAAUCUAUGACUGUCUUGCCGGAUGAUUGUCAACUCAAAAAUACUAGUGUCUUUAAAAUGAAUGAACCCGAGAUUUCAUUGUGUCAA